AUGUCUGAGGUGGAUAAUCUAUUAAAGUCAAUUGUAUCAUCCACAGAGGCGGCCAAGUUGGCUGUAGAAGAGCUUAAUCAAAAUGUGCUGAGUCCUGUCCAAGAGUCUAAUGAUUUAGUACAGAAUCUAUUACAAAAAUCAAGACAAAAAGAGCCAGAAGGGAUUUCCUUGCUACUGUUAAAGAAUCAAGCGUUAUUGUCGUAUAUAAACAAUUUGGUAUUGGUUGCUCUUGGUAAAAUAGAGCGACUUGAAAGUGACGAAAAUGCUGAAAGAUGCUCAGAAGCAGUGGAAAGAACAAUAGUACAGCGUGUGACAUUGGAAAAAGGUGUAAAACCACUUGAGAGGAAGAUAAGCUAUCAAAUUGAAAAUCUUGUAAAGGCAUAUAACAAAAUGGAGAGUCGGCAGAAGGAAGUGGUAAAAAAGGAUCAUGAAAAAGAUGAGAAUGACCAAGAAAGCUCCAAUGAGAUUGAUUCUGAGGAAGAAGAAAAUGAUGAUGAGUUAGCUUUCAGACCAGAUGCAUCUGCAUUGACUAAAUUGGCAUCCAAGACGACUGGAAUCUCGUCGAGUUCUGCCACCACCUCCUCCGAAAAAUAUAAGCCUCCCAAGAUAUCAGCAGUUGCGCCUCCCACGUCCCUCAGAGAAACAGGUUCUAAAGGAGACAAGACCAAGAGAUUGCAAAGUAUGGAGGAGUAUUUACAAGAACAAAGUGACUUGCCUACAGCGGAAGCUAGUAUUGGCUCCACUAUUGUUGCCCAUGGACGUGGAGGUGUAAAGACUCAACACGACAGGAAGAAGGAAAAGGAAAUACAGGCUUACGAAGAAUCAAACUUUACGAGAUUGCCCACGGCGCAAACAAAGAAAAACUUUAGACAGAAACAGAGAGAUUUGGCCAAUCAGUUUGCCGGUGAAGAUUGGAGUAUGUUUAAUAACAAUGAUACGAAAAUGAGUGAGGGGACUUCUAGAAAGAGGAAGCCGAAAACGUCUUGGGAUAGAGUAAAGAAAAAACAUUCAUAG